CUUUUGCUUUUGGGGCUGAGUUUAAUAAGCGAGCGAGCGAGCAAGCGAACGCGGGGGGAAAAAGGCAGAGAAUGUCCGCCAUCUACCCUCCGCUCCUGGGCGCGCUCUCAUUCAUAGCAGCCUCUUCAUGAAUUACAGCUGAGGGGGGCGGGGGAGGGGGGUACCACACAACACCCCAGCAAACCUCCGGGCCCCCAGGCAUGGCUAGCUCGCCGCCGCCGCCGCCGCCGGGAGCCGCGGGCACAGUCCGGGGACGCGGCGAGCAGCCUCGGCGGCCGCUACGAUGUGUGCCGUGCAGGUGAAGCUGGAGCUGGGGCACCGCGCCCAGGUGAGGAAAAAACCCACCGUGGAGGGCUUCACCCACGACUGGAUGGUGUUCGUGCGCGGCCCGGAGCACAGUAACAUACAGCACUUUGUGGAGAAAGUCGUCUUCCACUUGCACGAAAGCUUUCCUAGGCCAAAAAGAGUGUGCAAAGAUCCACCUUACAAAGUAGAAGAAUCUGGGUAUGCUGGUUUCAUUUUGCCAAUUGAGGUUUAUUUUAAAAACAAGGAAGAACCUAAGAAAGUCCGCUUUGAUUAUGACUUAUUCCUGCAUCUUGAAGGCCAUCCACCAGUGAAUCACCUCCGCUGUGAAAAGCUAACUUUCAACAACCCCACAGAGGAGUUUAGAAGAAAGUUGCUGAAGGCAGGCGGGGACCCGAACAGGAGCAUUCAUACCAGCAGCAGCAGCAGCAGCAGCAGCUGUAGCAGCAGCAGCAGCAGCAGCAGCAGCAGUAGCAGCAGCAGCAGCUGUAGCAGCAGCAGCAGCAGCAGCAGCAGCAGUAGCAGCAGCAGCAGCAGCAGCACCAGUUUUUCAAAGCCUCACAAGUUAAUGAAGGAGCACAAGGAAAAACCUUCUAAAGACUCCAGAGAACAUAAAAGUGCCUUCAAAGAACCUUCCAGGGAUCACAACAAAUCUUCCAAAGAAUCCUCUAAGAAACCCAAAGAAAAUAAACCACUGAAAGAAGAAAAAAUAGUUCCUAAGAUGGCCUUCAAGGAACCGAAACCCAUGUCAAAAGAGCCAAAACCAGACAGUAACUUACUCACGAUCACCAGUGGGCAGCAAGACAAGAAGGCUCCUAGUAAAAGGCCCCCCAUUGCAGAUUCCGAAGAACUCUCAGCCAAAAAAAGGAAAAAGAGUAGCUCAGAGGCUUUAUUUAAAAGUUUUUCUAGCGCGCCACCGCUGAUACUCACUUGUUCUGCUGACAAAAAACAGAUAAAAGAUAAAUCUCAUGUCAAGAUGGGAAAGGUCAAAAUCGAAAGUGAGACAUCAGAGAAGAAGAAAUCGACUCUGCCACCGUUUGAUGAUAUCGUGGAUCCCAACGAUUCCGACGUGGAGGAGAACAUGUCCUCCAAAUCUGACUCUGAACAGCCCAGUCCUGCCAGUUCCAGCUCCAGUUCCAGCUCCAGCUUCACACCAUCCCAGACAAGGCAACAAGGUCCUUUAAGGUCAAUAAUGAAAGAUCUACAUUCGGAUGACAAUGAGGAGGAAUCAGAUGAGGCAGAGGAUAAUGACAAUGACUCCGAGAUGGAGAGACCUGUAAAUAGAGGAGGCAGCCGAAGCCGCAGAGUUAGCUUAAGUGACGGUAGCGACAGUGAAAGCAGUUCGGCUUCUUCACCCCUACAUCACGAACCCCCGCCACCCUUAUUAAAAACCAACAACAACCAGAUUCUUGAAGUGAAAAGUCCAAUAAAGCAAAGCAAAUCAGAUAAGCAAAUAAAGAACGGGGAAUGUGACAAGGCCUACCUAGAUGAACUGGUCGAGCUCCACAGGAGGUUAAUGACGCUGAGGGAAAGACACAUUCUGCAGCAGAUCGUGAACCUUAUAGAAGAAACUGGACACUUUCAUAUCACAAACACGACAUUUGAUUUUGACCUUUGCUCGCUGGACAAAACCACAGUCCGUAAACUACAGAGUUACCUGGAAACAUCUGGAACAUCCUGAGGAUACAACAACUGGAUGCAUCAAAAACUAUUGUUUUGUUUUGUUUUUUUUUUUGGUUGUGAUUUUUUUUUUUGUUUGUUUAUAUGAAAACACUCAGAAUGAUGCAACCAAAAGGGAAAAAAUAAAAAUCAAACAACCUUCAGCUUUAUUUUUCUUUAAAGCCAGUCAUCAUCUCUUGAUAAAGGAGAGGUUAAGCAAACCAGCCUCAGCGGACCACUCUUCUCUCCAAGGAAAUCCCCGGGAAGAGUUAGCCUGGAUAGCCUUGAAAAUAAAUCAAACACAACACAAGAAAACUUAAAGAAUGUGUAUGGUAUCAUGUAUCUCUCUCUGUGGCGGUUCAUUCCACAGGACGAAUGCAUAUUCAACACACUGCCUUAUUACAUAACUGAUCUAUUUAUUAUCGCAUACAGAUAUUCUAAAGUCGUUGAGGGAAUGACACCACAAGACAUUAUAAGUACUUGUACUUGGUCCCAUGGAUGCUCUUUCAAUGCAGCGCCCUUGCCAUCCCAAGCCCAGUGACCUUACUUGUACACCGUGCCACUCUCCACCAACUUUUCCAAGUCCUUUUACUCGUUGCAGUCCGCAUUUGCCACCUUUUGUUUUUCCAGUUCCAGGACACAAAUGAUCAACUGGGGGGACCAAAUUGCCACCCUGAUUUUCUUCUUUGUGGUCUUUCUUCUGAGAGUUGGGGCCCAGCCCUUGGCUGUAUCCAUAUAAUGAUCUUGGACCAUGGUAGAAAAUGCACCAAAUAGGAUCAUAUGAAUUGUUGUCUAGCCUUAGUCAAUAAACCUGUAGGACUUUUAACCAAGUGUACCUGUAAACGUCCUGCAUCCAGCAUUGUUGAGCUGUCUUCAACAUUCUUGUGUCUGUUUUACUGUUCUAAUACUAGAUAAAUAUGGAAGUAAAAGCAUUCCACAGGAUCAUCGUUUAAAAAAAAAAAAAAGGAAUUCUGGUUCUGUUUUCUAAAGAAAUGUUGUAGAAAUUCUUAAUUUGGAUCUAUUUAUUAGAGUUUCAGCUUUCUUCGGCUGCCAGUAUGUUCUCCAUCUUUACCAUAAAACCUGGAAUAAGAGAUUUUUGUUCCUGUAUGAUCCUCUUAGACUCUUUUAUAUUUGGAAAAUGAAAAUCUUUCUUUGGGGGAAGAUUCUUGGUUAUUCUGCCAUAACAGAUUAUGUAUUAACUUGUAGAUUCAGUGGUUCGAUCCUGUUUAGUCACUUGCUUAUGUUUCCAGAAGGAUUUCUUGUAUUGGUGAAAAUAAAGAUGGCUGGGGAGGGGGGGGAUAUUUUUGUUCUUGAUGUACCCUGUUUUAAAACUAGAAAUCUGUCCUGUGGCAUGCAAAAGAAAGCGAAUUAUUUUUAAAAGAAAAAAAAAAAAACCCCGAAGUA